AUUCUGCGGCCCUUCAACCCUCUCUCUGUCAUCCGCACAGCUGGGCCAUUUGGUCCGAACAUACUGAAGAAGGCUCGGCCAGAUCUGAUCCGCAAGUUUUCUGGGAUGGUUAGAGAUGCUGAGGAGGUGAUCCCCAACUACCUGUACCACUGCAAUGCCCAGGACCCCAGUGGAGAGUCGGCCUUCCACACGCUGAUGUCAGGGUUCGGAUGGGCCAAGUACCCGAUGAUCCAACGCAUGGACUCACUGAGGAAGGGGCUACCCAUCACUCUCAUCUAUGGCGCCCGCUCCUGGGUGGACCAUGACCCGGGCUUCCAGAUCAAGUACAUGCGGAAAGACACCUUUGUGGAUGUCCAGGUGAUCCAGGGUGCAGGCCACCACGUUUACGCUGACAAGGCCCGGGCAUUCAACUCCAUCGUCAACAACAUCGGCCACCACUCGGACAAUGGCACGCUGCCCCUGCUAGCCCCAGACUCUGAGGAGCCUGACAGGGAGGUGAGCAGCCGGGACGUGGCAGUGACGCUCUCCAGCAUGAUGAACGUGCGGAAUGACAACACGCGGGACGACCCUGUUGUCACGACGGAGGUGAAUGGUGUGGAGGACGAGGUGGAUUAGUAGCAGCCGUAGUAGUAGUUGUGGUGGUAGAAGUGUGUGUGUGUGUGUGUGUGUGUGUGUGUGUGUGUGUGUGUGUGUGUGUGUGUGUGUGUGUGUGUGUGUGUGUGUGUGUGUGUGUGUGUGUGUGUGUGUGUGUGUGUGUUUUAUCUGUAAUGCAAAACUGCUGCUGUAACAAUCAUGAUCAUUCAGUGCACAUAUCAAGGAUGGCUACACAAGAAGCAGUACACAUCUUUGUAGUGAGGCGCAGCACGGCCAUGGGUGAAGAGGUAGGGAGGCAGCCUGUGAUGUCAGGAGAUACAGCCAAGCAGGGGCUAACCUCCAGAUUUCUAACCUAACCCUGGAUGCUUUGGCCUUGAAAAAGGAGGUGUUUGUAAUGAAGUAGGCUGUGUAACAAGUAGCCUAAUGAGAUUAAGGCAAUGGUAUCAUGUCUAAAUAGCACCAUUGCUUCAGGCAUUUCAAGCCUAACACUGCAUAUUGUUACCCUGAAAAGAAGAUGCCUUAGAAAAUAAUAGACUGAGUAAUGAAGAAUUUAAUGAAAUGAAAAUUAACUUGAUGAGAUGAAGGCCCUGGUAUAUAGAGCCUUACCUUCAGAUAUUUCAAGCCUAACCCUGGGUAUUGUUGCUCUAAAAAAAGUUUAUAAUGAAAUAGUAGACUGUAAUAAAAGAUAACAUUCAGAAACUCAGCUAUACUUGACAUGGCUCCAGGUGUUUCCAGUAGCCAGAAACACUCAUUGGUAGAGGUGCUGGUGACAGACAGACAUGCACUGGUAGAAAUGUGGCUGACAGAUUAUUCAGUCACCACCCAUAGCAAACACCCAAUCUCAUAUUCAGAUCUUGCAAUGGCACUGUCCACUGUGGGCCUGGGGUAUUCACUACUGGCGAUGACUAUACAUGGAUGAGGUGUUGCUGACAGACUAACACCCACUGACAAAGAUGCAGCUGACAGACUGUGUACACGUGAAGCUGCCUUGGACGUCAGUAAGGAAGCAGCCUCCUCCUUGCACUGAAUCCACACGACACGUUACUUGCCAUUUAGCUAUUUUACAUUUAGCAGACUCAAUGGAAAAUUAUUCACAGGUACAAAUUAGCCUUUUGAAUGGUAGAGACUGCAUUAGCUCUCCUGCGACUGACCGACUGACUCACACUGCCACACUGAGGUCAUAUAGAGCCGAGUGAGUCAUUGCUGUAGUAAAAUCACAGCCGAGUUUUUAAUUUUUAAUGUAGUGGAUGCAGGAAUUGGGAGGAGAAGGAGGAUCAUUAUGCACAUGUCAUGACCUGGAGAAUUUAUUUUAGCCAUAGGCAAAUGCAAAGCUGAGGGCCACUUUUUAUACCAUGCAUUUUUGAAGGAACCCAUGUAGAAUAUAGAACUAGAUGCAUUGCUGUGCUGUAGAUUUGUAGUGGAUUUCAUUUGUGUGUGUGUGUGUGUGUGUGUGUGUGUGUGUGUGUGUGUGUGUGUGUGUGUGUGUGUGAGCCAGAGAACUACUUUUAUAUCUUUACUAUAAUGCCAGUGUAGCUUUUAAGCAAUUCUGUAGUAAUCAUGUUUAUGCGUAGUGUUUUAGCUUUAAUCUAAUUCCCAAGGCAUACAAAGGAAGCAGAGUUACCAAGUUUGAAUCCUCUCAAAGACUCAAUUACUGGAGGGCAUUUCUGGACUAAAUCUAAUACCUCUUAACCAAACGUUGGUUAUUCAUCACUCAAACGGACUGUAUUCACAAAUGUUUCAGUGUCUUAUCUUGCCUACUUUUAACAGGCUCUAGUGGAAGUUGUUAGGGUUUUCAAGGCUGUUUCCAUGAUUCAAGGGAUAGUUUAAGAGGCUCUACUGGAAGUUAUCAAGGUUUUCAAGGCUGUUUUCAUGACUGAAGGGAUAGUUUAAGAGGUGCUAAUAAAAGUUGUUAGGGUUAUGAAGGGUGCUUUCAUGAUUCAAGGGAUAGUUUAAGAGGCUUUAGUAAAAGUCAUCAGGGUUUUUUGGUGUUCUCAUGAGUUGAGGUAGUUUAAGAGGCUCUAGUAAAAGUUAUCAGGGUUUUCAAGGUUCUUUUCAUGAUUUAAGGGAUAGUUUAACAGGCUCUUGUGGGAGUUAUUAGGGUUUUUGAAGGUGUCAUGAAUCAGUGGAUAGUCUAAGAGGUUCUAGUAAAAGUUAUCAGGGUUUUCAAGGUUCUUUCCAUGAUUCAAGGGAUAGUUCAGGAAGCUCUAGUGGAAGUUAGGGUUUUUGAAGGCAUUUUCAUGAUUCUAGUGUUAGUUCAGCAGGCUUUUGUAAAAAUUAAUAAGGUUUUCAAGGAUGUCUUUAUGAUCCUUGUAUGGCUCAACAAAGAUUCUUUAUCAUCAGUGGGAAGAACAUAUAGGAGAAAGUGCAUCUGAUCAUUGUUCUCUAUAAGUGGUAUAGAAUCCUUGUUAUAACCACCACAAAGAUCAUAAAAAAAAAAAAAAAACAAUCUUUGGAACUCCAGUAAAUUCCACAACAACCUGCUGGAAGUAAUCAAGGCAAGAUGCUGAAAUGUUUAAGAAUGCAUUCCAGAGAUCCAGGGAAGAUGCAAGAUAUUCCUAGACAAGAAUAAAAGAUGGUACAGCUUUUCCUCAACCUUAACAAAACGAAUAAGUGGAAGUUAAGAUCAUGAUUCUGAUGCACCUCUGACUAGAAAAGUGAUUUUGUUUAGGUCUUUCAGUGUAUGCAGUGUUAGGUUUGCUUACUGAAAUUGUCUAUUAACUUAAAUGACUCCUCAAAUGACUCCUCAAGCUCAAUGAAAUGGAUUGGUGCAAGUUAAGACCAUAAUUUUACUUAAAGCACCACUGGUUUUAGGAAGAGUUUCUCUCUCUCUCUCUCUCUCUCUCUCUCUCUCUCUCUCUCUCUCUCUCUCUCUCUCUCUCUCUCUCUCUCUCUCUCUCUCUCUCUCUCUCUCUCUCUCUCUCUCUCUCUCUCUCUCUCUCUCUCUCUCUCUCUCUCUCUCUCUCUCUCUCUCUCUCUCUCUCUCUCUCUCUCUCUCUCUCUCUCUCUCUCUCUCUCUCUCUCUCUCUCUCUCUCUCUCUCUCUCUCUCUCUCCAGAUCUUUCAGUGUAUGCAGUGUUAUAUUUGCUACCUGAAAUUGUCUAGUAGCUCAAAUGACUGAUAUGUUGUCCCCUCAAGCUUAAAAAUGGAUUAGUGCAAGUUAAGAUCACAAUUCUCAAAGGCACUGAUUAUAGAAGGCAUGAUUGAUUAAUUCAGAUAUUUCAGUGUAAUGUUUCCUCACAAAAAUUGUCUAGCAACUCAAAUGACUGAUAUUCUCUCCUCAACUUAAUAAAAGAGAUUGGUACAAAGUAAGGCCAUAAUUCUGAAAGGUGUGAACUGUGGAAGAUGUAAUCAAGUAAUUCAGAUCUUCCAGCGUACAGGUGUCCUCAAGUCAUGACAGUUUCAUUCUUAUGCCACAUCAUAAGCCUAAGCACCUGCAGUUUGUGACUCACCUAUACCAUCCAGUACUGUGACAUCAUAAGCUAGGACAUAAAAACAUAACUACUGUACCUCUACAAAAAAAAACAUGUAAUAAUAAUAAUAAUAAUAAUAAUAAUAAUAAUAAUAAUGAUGAUGGUGAUGAUGAUGAUGAUGAUGAUGAUGAUAAUAAUAAUAAGAUAAUAAAAUAAAUCAGUAACCAAAAAAAGAUCAGGAAAGGGGAAUGUACAAGGACAAGACAAGCACUGCCAUCAUCGUAACCAAACAUCGGAAAUUGAGGCUUAUAAAUAUCUCAAUGUAUUUAGUGUUAUGUUUGUUUGCUGGAAUUGUGGAGUUACUGAAAUGAAGGAACAAACAUUGUAGAGUCAAUAACAGUCAGUCAGAGGGUUUAGGUGGCUAUGAAAGUGCCAAUUUAAGAGGAAAUGAAGCAAGAGGAAGUGUUUAAGUGUUGGGUUAGGUUGAAGUGAAAAAUGACCAUGAAAAGAGUUUGAAAUGCAUGAAAAUGUUGUGAGAAAGAAAGACUGAUAUUUUUUCUUUCCUCUUUAAUUUUUUUUCUUUAAUUUCUGUUUGUGUUGUACUUUUUUUUUCUUUUUUUUUUUCUUGUUAUUAAUGGUUUUGUUGAUAUUAUUUAUUUAUCUAUUUGUUAUUUAUUUUCUCUUAGUUUUUAUUUUUAAGCUGUUUAGUGAUUUUUAUUUUUAAGCUAUUUAGUGAUUGUUUCUUCUUCUUCAUCCUUCUUCUGCCUUUCAUAUUGUUUGUUUUGUGUUAAGUUGUGACAUCUAUUUUCUACAUUGUCUUUCUGCCAUUUCUUCAGUGUCCUUUUAAUUUGUGUAUAUUUUGUAUUUUGUGUACUGGUUUGAUGUCUUUAUAUUACUUAUUACUUCAUUUUUGCAUUCACCUAUUUAUGGUAUUUAUUCCUUAUGAUGUUCUGGUCAAGAUUGAGAUUUUAUUUAGAUAGAUAAAUAGGCAGAGUUUUGGUGUGUGUGUGUGUGUGUAAUUCAGGAAGAUAAAGAUGCAAGUAAGGUAAUGUUAUUGUAGCAUUGGAAUCCAUACCAUAUCUGUCUUGUCACUGUUUUUCCUCAGGUUUUAUCAGAUGUUUGCCACAAGUUUUAUUAUCAUAAUUGUUGAUGUGAUAAGUGUAAUAGUUUAUACUGAAUUAUAUAUAGGCUUAAGAUUAUUAUGUUAAGUUUGAGUGUGGGGUUAAGAAAAAGGUAUUGGCUGUAUCUUGACUGCCUGUUAUUAUAUGUGUAUUCUAAAAUGUGUUAAUUAGGUUAGUAUUUCAUUAAGGGGAAAAGUGUGGAUUUUUUUUUUUAUUUAUUUUCAUUUUUAUUUUUUUAAGUAAUUGAGAAAAGGAGUGAAGUUUGAUAGAGCUGCUCAAGAAAUAAUAUAGAAGUUGAUCUCUCUUUGUCUUCUUCUUCUUCUUCUUCUUGCAUCCUGCUUUCUUUAUAUUUAUCUUUCUUUUGUAGCUUUUAUUUGUCUUUUUCCUCCACAUAUCCUCUUUACUGUCAUGCAGCAAUCAUCUUUUUUUUUUUGUCUUAUAUUUCCUUUCCUAUAUACAUAUCCUGUACUCUCUCUCUCUCUCUCUCUCUCUCUCUCUCUCUCUCUCUCUCUCUCUCUCUCUCUCUCUCUCUCUCUCUCUCUCUCUCUCUCUCUCUCUCUCUCUCUCUCUCUCUCUCUCUCUCUCUCUCUCUCUCUCUCUCUCUCUCUCUCUGGUAGGUUUAUUUAUUUAUUUUUUUUACCUAUAACGAGAGAGAGAGAGAGAGAGAGAGAGAGAGAGAGAGAGAGAGAUUAUGGUAAUGAAAUAUAUAAAAGUGUUAAUUACAGAUUGAAGUAAUGAAAAGUGUGUUAAGUAUAGGGAACAGUGAAUGUAACCAGUGUGUGAAUAAGUGGGGACUAAAUUGUAAGUAAUGAGUCAGUCAAAGUGGAACAGUGAUAUAAGUAGUGACUAAAGUUAUUUGUUAAGUAAGGGAUAUGUUAAGUAGGAAGUGAAGUUAAAAGAAAAAAGUUAGUAAGUUUGUUAAAUAGUUCAGUGAUAUAAGUAAGGUAGGGUUGUAAAGUACUAAUUUGUUAAGUAAGAAAGCUGCAAGGUAAGAGUGUUAGUGGCAUCUGAUGUAAAAGUGAAAAAAAAAAAAAAAAUGUGAUAAGUUUGUAAAGUAGGAAAGUGACAUAAGUAAGGCAGAAUUGUAAAGUAAUUUAUGAAGUAAGAAAGCUGUAGGAUGGAAAUGGCAAGUGGGAAAUGAAGUAAAGAAAAAGAAAAUUAUUAAAUGAGGAAAUAAUAUAAGUAAUGAAGGUGAUAUUUUUGUUAAGUUUAUUUGAGAUUUAAGUGAGAGAGAUUGUUAAGCAAUUAGUGUGUUAUGUAAGAGAACUGUGACUGUAAAACUACCUAAUUAUUAAUGUAUGGAAUGUUAUAACAAGUAUCAUAUGAUUAAACAAAGAACAACAAAGCAGCAAAGUAUGACAAUUUGCCAUGAGGGUAUGAAGGUAUUGUAACUCAUAUGCAUGUGUGUGUGUGUGAAUGUAUUUUAUAUGGAGACUUUUUAUCACAUAGAAUAAAGGAAAUUCCAUUGUAA